AUGGAUGUCGAAAUGUGAGUCGCCCCGCCCCGGAGCCUAUCGCUGCUACUACUACACCUCACAUCAGUCUGCUGCUACACCGAAUGCUGACCAUUGUAGGCUUCUCGAAGACGGUACUCCUUUUCUCCUAGCGAUCAACAACAAUCAGAACCCUUUUCCUUGGGGGAUCAAGGCAGCGCAUGACUCGAUAUACCCGCAGAUGCCGCCUUCAUUCACGCGGUAAAUGCCCACCGGACGUCUGAAGAGCUCCGGAAGGACCCUAUUCUGACUCGCGCUGCCCGGUUGAUCUUUAGACAACUCUGGUGGCUCGUUGCGCUGUUUACUGUUUCAAUGACUAUGGCCCUAGUCGGACUUAUCCUGCGCCUGGCACAAGGACAUUUCUGGAUUGUCCACCGCAUGGAUUCGAGGAUCACGAUGCCCAACAUUUCCAUCCAAAAUUCCUUCUGGGCGUUCUUGUACAGCCUUAUGAGCAUCAUCGAGCUCGUAAUCACAAGUAGGAUUGUAUCAGGCUCCGUAUACCCAUCAUGGUACAUCGGCUACCAAGGAUUUCUGCCCGUCGUUCUAUUCUUGGGCCAGUACCCCGAAAUUUGGGCCACGGCCAGCGCCUGGUGUCUGCGCAAAUACGGUCCACACAGGCACGACUCCGGCUUGAUCUCGGCGUGCUUCACGGCUCUUCCUUUUCUAUGGCCUAUCGUUGCCGUUUCACCUCCCAUCAUCUUCUUCUCCCUCGCAGCCCGGGCCCUCGGUGGCGUACACGGCGGCGUCGGUCAGUGUAUAGUCAAUAUUAAAGCCUUGGAAUCCUCCUGGACAAGUGGCGCCACCAUGGACACCGAUCUCGCCCAGCUCGUACAGGCUCUGCAUCCCCUUGCAGCGAUUGCCGCCUACGCUCAAAUUUAUGCAUUGUGGUCACGUGUCGCGUUCCGCUUCGUCGGUUCGGUUCUGGUCAUCACGUUCAUGGUAUGUCACGCACGUGACAGGCUUUGGGCCCGAGAUAAGACCAGUCGGUUGAAACAACUGGAUGCUUUCCUUGAGCAGCUAUACGUAAUCGCAACAGUCAUCGAAUAUAGCCACCUCAGUCGUCAGGUUCGCAUCUUGCGCCGCAAAGCGGGUCUUGGGCUGACGAUGGCCCCCAACAGGAUGGGUCUGUUCCCCGGCAAAAUGUUCUGCGCCGCGCCACCGAGCGCGCCGACCUCGGCGAAGUUCGCCGUGCAAAUCGGCUCCUCGAACAAUAACAGUGCGAAUACUCAGCUUGAGUGAGUGAUACGCAUAACUAUUUACUUCAUUCUCGUUCAUUCAAGAUGCAUAGAUGCUGACCAUGACUCGUUACGGGUUCGACAGGCAGCAAGCGCGGCUCAUGGCAUGGGCAACAAGCAAUCGUCUCCUGGCGGCCGUCCCGGUCUCGCUGAUGCUGAGCGCCAAUGCGGCGUUAGCUUUCUGGUCGUCUGUCACACCCAUCAAGCUCUCUGACAACGAUGGGACCAUUCAAAUCAUCGGCCUCGUCGCAGCGUGGAUCAACUCGAUAUGUUCAACUGUAGUGGCGGUCCUCAUCUUGUUCCGCGCGUUGAGCAGGUCUUCGACGACAACAGAAGCGGUCAAGAGACUUGCGCCAUGGUUGCCGCUCGCACCGAUGUCUACCGCAUUAACCGGAUUGAUGGACAUGGUUGGAGCUCAGGCUUCUCCUUUGUCUCAAAAUUCGGCCAAGAAGGAUUUGCCCCCCGGUUUGACAGCGCAAGUGUCUGUGACAUCGGAAGGUUCUGAAAAACUUACAGUGGACCACCUUCAAUCUGGAAUCACCGGAAUCACAAUUGAACGGUAUCAGCAAGUAACAGUAGAUUGA